GUAAAAACUAGAUGUUUACAUUGUUCUAUGUUACGUCACAAACCAAUCGCGUCGCUCCUAAUAUGGAAACCUCUUCGGUGCCGCGAAUGCUCCAACCCCCACGGGAGUUUCUAUAUUAAGUAGGUCGGCGCAGCUGUUGGAGUGGGCCCAUGUCAUUGUAGGGGGGACCAUCCAGCUGUAAGAGGGGAAGAUUAAAUAUGCCUUGAUAUGAAACUAUCAGUGUAGAAACGUUAGUUCUACUGCAAGCAACGAUUACAACAAGAGAACAAUGCCCGCCCGACGACCGCCACCUGGUGUUGACAUCAACUUGGACGAUAAAGACGUCCAAAGUGCGGCUUGCAUGAUCCAGAAAUCAUUUAGGGGACAUCGGGUUCGAAAGAAGCUUUCCGAAGAUGGACCGCCCAAAUUUCUUGAUGAACUUUGUGAUAUUUCUAUGGUGGAGGGAAGCGCUGCAAGAAUCGACGGUCGGCUUGGGGGAUUUCCCGAUCCAACAGUGACUUGGUACAAGGACGGGCAAGAGAUCAAGGAAGGGCCAAAGUACAACAUCAUAUUCGAGGAACCCGAUAUUUGUGCACUGGUUAUCAGGAACACGGAAGCUGAUGACGUAGGCACCUAUACUUGCAAAGCGUUCAACAACUUUGGGGAAGCCUUCGAUUCAGCAAAAGUCAACAUAAAUGUACCAGCAAAGAUCGAGAAGGGGCCACCGAACCAAUCAUGCAAGAAUGGGAGUUGUAUAACAUUGAAAGCAACGAUCAGUGGAAACCCCGAACCCAUGGUUGGUUGGGCAAAGGACGGCGAAGACAUCGAUGAAGACGAUCGUAUUUUCUACGACAUCGAUAACGACACCACAGUGCUAACUAUUAAGAACUGCACGAAGAAGGAUGCUGGCAAGUAUGAGGUCUAUGUGGAGAAUGACCUGGGAUUCGACCACUCUUUCUCGCGUAUUGAAGUCAAAUAAAUUACGGUUGAAUAAAUAUAUUGGUGACUAUGC